CUCGUUUGCUGAUUGGAUGAGGACACAAGAGUUGAACUGUCAAAAGAACUGUCAACAGAGAGAGAGAGCGGCAAUGAUUUCAGUUUCAUACUAAAAACGCGUCGUUUGGACACCGCAGUAGUUAGCCUAUAUAUUACCGUCCAAAGGCAGUAUGGGAGACAUGAGUGGUACAAUCCGACAGAUCACUGUAACCACUGACCCGGAAACCCCAUAUUUCCUGCGAGUGGACUGGGCCGUAGACCUGGGCGCUGGGUUCACACUAGCUCUCACUGAUGGCAGCUCUGCAUGGAUUGGAGAAGUUUCAGAAGAUGAGGUGACGAGGGAAGCCAAUGACAUGGGGGUCACAAGAGAGAGAUAUGUCAAGGAUCUUCUUCAAGCACUAACAGGAGGUGAAGAGGAAAGAGGAGGGGGAAGGAAAGGAAGGAGAGUAGGUGACACAGGGGUGUAUUCUUUCCAGCUCACUCCAGACCACUGUCAUCUCUCAUAUCAGAAGAUCUGCAAUAGCAUCUCGGUGCACUUGGGUUCUGCAGAACUUCAGCCAGCUCCAGACCCUCUAGAGUUGAACCGGGAGAUGAUUGGCCAGUCUCUAAAGCACAGCACAGACCUGGAGACAGAAAACUGCCAGCUACUAGAGGAGAACCGUAGACUAAAACAGCACCACCAGCAAAUACACAAACAGCUGGAGCAGCAGGUUCAGGACAAGGAGGUGUUGGAGAGGGAGCUAUACUCUCGUUUUGUCAUGGUGAUAAACGAGAAGAAGGCCAAGAUCAGAGGCCUGCAGGAUGCUGUCCGCCAGUUCUGGAAAACCGAUGAAAACCAGAAGGGACAAUGUGACAAUGACACAGCUCAAGGUGAAGACGGCAGUCAGGACAGAAGAGAGGAGACAAUUCAGAGCAUCCUUCCAUCACUGGAACCAACCAUCCUCAUCACAGGUCGUGAUCUGGUGUGCGAGGGCAUCCCUGUGGACCACACUUUUUCUGAUGAUGAGGAUGUACAACCAAGACGAAAGCGCCAGUUGCUUCACUCUCCAAGCCGAGAACCUUGUGAGCCUUCUGAAUAAAAACACAGCAAUGUCACAAACUCCUUAAGACCAGUCAGCCCUCACCUCGAUUCACACAACCAAAACAAUGACAACCGGGCAACAGAGUCCUGGGGGUGUCCCCAGAUUUGAUACCAGAUUUUGUCCAAGAUUGUGAAGCAAUUUUCAGAAAGCCAGAGCAUGUUACUGCCAUCUGGUUUGCUUUAACAGUGACAAUUACCUGCCACAACUCUCAUGAGAGACUAGCUGCUUGUCUCUUGUCUUGAAUAAAUCAAGAGAUGAACAAAUUGACACCAUCAUUUCCCAAACACCCCACACUGUAUGUUCAAAGUGCUGCCGUAAAGACUUGGCUUGGAUGCGUGUUAGUGGCGAUGUGAUAACAGGCACUUUACGCCCUGCAGUGCUUCCUCAGGAACCAAUGCCAUUGCUGCUAAUGACUUGGAGAACAUAGAAUCUGGACCCAGAGUAUGGAAGCAAUUUCUCAAGAGUUCGACUUCGCCCUGAGCUUGAAUUCAGCUGCCAAGCUCCUUGGCCUUGGCUCCGUGUGAGACCGGAAAAAGAAUAACAACUACUGAAGGACAUCAGGCUACACCCAGAAAAAUGAGUGUCACCACCAAGGAACUGAAGCAGCUUCGUUGCUGCUUAUUCAUCAUGUCAUGCUGAUGUUUUCCUGCCUCUUUUCAUUAUGAAAAUAAACUAAACUCUUUCAUUCCCACUUUGUAAACUAGCAUUUUGCAAACGAUAAUUUGACCUCCUGCCUGUUUCUUGUUUUGAUCUGCCCUUUUAUUCUGUAGAUGUUCUGUGGCUCAAACUACCUGAGGGGUGUGUAGCAGAGGGUUAAUAGGGUUACUUUGUCUCUCACUGUCUUCACCUCCUCACCUCUUCCCUUACCAGCUUUAGGUCCUGGGGUCAUCACAGUAUGUCUUCACACUGACAGUAACGAACCCAUGGAGAGCUACUCAGGGUCUUUAUCUGACCAUUCUACCUUUGACUUCUGGACCCGCCCGCUGUCUUUUAUGAUUUUGAUGAUACUUACUCAUCUGUUGAAGACAACGGGUGGCCGCCAGAUAAUCCCACAACACGCGCUUGCUGGUUUAGUAAUCCCCACAGGAAUGUCACACUCUUCUCCACACAUCCCAUCAAUACAGCUAUUUUAUGAAGGGAUGUGCAAUUCAGUGUCUGAGGAUAAUUUACAGACGAGCAUGAAAGUGUGCAAUUUAGGAUGAGACGUGUGAAAGAUUAGGAGACUAUACUGAAUGUUUUAAACAGUGGUUCCAUUUAGAAAAUUAAAACAAUAAUCUUUACAUGUUUAAUUUGAAAUAUUCCCCAAAAAAUGCAAUGUGUGUGUUUGUUCUUGUUUUAAA